GCCUCUGAAAGCCCAAUGGCUGGGCUUUUUUUAAGGACUUGGUGAGGCGAUAUCUCAAGCUGACAGCUGAGAAGCAGGUCAGUCAGGUUCUCAGGCAUUCUAUUAUACAAGCAGUGCACAGCCAGCCGCGCCUAAUUUUGUUUCUCUGGCACCCUCUCGCUCAGUGUGACUCUGUCGCAUUUAACCCAUCUUUUUUCGCUAACACUCAGCAGUCAUUGGGACCCGGACCACAGUGAUCAACUGCUAUGUUUUAGCUCCUGUGUGUCAAACCCUCUGAGAACGGAAGUUCUCAGUUGGCAUGGAUUUAAUUCUGACACAUGGCACAGUGCCCCGAGGCACGGUCAGCUACUUUUUAACCAAGUCUCCAAAGUCGGUACAAUGUGGACCUUAGCAAAAGUUCUGUUGGUAUCAAGUUUGUUUAGUUUACUACUAUUUGGAACCUAUGGGAAGGAAUAUUCAGAAUUAAGUAUAACAAACAGCAAUACAGAAGUCUCAAAAACAGUUGGACAUGAAUCUAUUCCUUUGGAAACUGGAGGAAAACUCGUCGAAGAAAAUAAAGGAACCGUCAAGUCCAGCACAAGUAAUCCCUCUGUGUUAGAUCCAUUAAAUGAAAAACAUGCCAAGGAGACUUUCUCCAGCGACUGGUCAACAGACAACUCUUCCAGGAUUAUAACAGCGGCAUCUACACUCUCUACAAGUCCUCCCUUGAUCCAUAGCUUUGUUUCUAAACUGCCUUUGAACUCAUCUGACAGAGAUGAGCAUUCUUUGCCAGUCUCAGUACCUGCCAAUGCGACAUCACCUUCUGUACCUUCAGAGAUGUUCACGUCGCCGAUGACUACUUUGACCAGGAAUCACACAGACAACAGUUCCAUGACUGUUAGUAUCCAGCCUCCAGUACCAACUACCAGGUCUGUGACUCCCUUGAUAGUGGAACCAACCACCUGGCUUCCCACAACCAAUGAUAGUUUUGCUGGCUUUACACCCUAUCCAGAAAAGACCACUGCACAACCCACAGUAAAGUUUAUGAAUACUUCAAAAAUCCUUUCAAAUACGGCAGACCCCCAAGAAGAGAAUAGAAAUACAGGAGUAGUGUUUGGGGCCAUUUUAGGAGCUAUUCUGGGUGCUUCGUUGCUUAGUCUUGUUGGCUAUUUGUUGUGUGGCAGAAGGAAAACUGAUUCGUUUUCCCAUCAGCGGCUUUACGAUGACAGAAAUGAACCAGUUCUUCGAUUAGACAAUGCACCUGAACCUUGUGAUGUGAGUUUUGGGAAUUCUAGCUACUAUAAUCCCAGUGUGCUUGAUUCAUCUAUGACUAUGGGCCGAGAGCGUGCACAGGAGGGCAUUCCUAUGGACGACAUACCUCCACUUCGGAUCUCAGUAUAAAACUAAGGGGGAAAAGCCUUCAGAUAUCCAGUGUUCCCCGACAUUUGGCCCUCUCCUAAUCCACCCACCGAAAGAUGAUGCAGGAUCACUGUUACGUGGAUUAUGCAGAAGAGCCAAAGCAGGAGUCUAACACAGAAGCACACAGAAAGAGAGACUCACCAAUGGGUUUCUUUUCUUACGUUUUUUGGCUAGGCUACAACACACAUUAACUAACACUCAUGAGGACUGAUCUGUAAUUUAUUAAGAAGUGAUGUUCAUGGAAUCGGGUAACACCGUAAGAUUCUACCACGAGAGCCUUGUUAAAAGAAAGCCUUGAACGACAUGUAGGGACUUUUUGUUUGUUUGUUUCAAACAGAAACCAACGUUUGAUUCUUCAUGAUUGCCAUUCUUUGGGCAGGCAUACUUUUGACUAGGUAUUAGAAGGAUUAUGUUAUUUUUGGUUUACACUGUUACAGAGGAUGGAACAAAGUUCUUGUUAUUGGUGGAAUAGGAAACAGGAAGGGAGAAACCAAUAUUCCAGGAUUUGUUUUUCAUUUUUCUGCGUGAUUCCAUACAUAUGGUCAGCUUCUUGGGGCUAUCAGGUUGCCAACGAUUUUAUAGGUAACUGACCCAUGGUAGAGAAGCCACUAACUGGUAAGGUAAUAGUUUCUCUAAAGAGUUCAAAUGGUAUCAAAUUCUAAUCUGGCUGUAUACAUUUUAAGUUUCAACUUGAUGCCUUAAAAAAAAAGCAACUGAGAAACAUGGUGACAAAAGUGAGGCAUUGCCUACCCUUGCACAUAACUUGUUAGAUUCAGGAUUUAUUUCAUAUUAGACAUUGUUUAAUCAUAUAUGGAGUAUAUUCUGGGCAUCUGAAAGUAUGAAGUCUGGAGGUUCAAAAAAUUAAAAUGAGACGUAAGCAAAGAAACAAACUUAAAACUGGGGACCAAAAUUUCUCAACAACCCUGUGACCAGGAUUAAUGCAAUAAGGUUAAUUUGGAUUCUAGUAUGUUUCUGUUUGUCUUUAAUGACUAUUUGCUUUUAGCACGAAAAGCAUGCUCUCUAGUUUAUAGUAAUGUCUAGGGCUUUAGAGACUAGAAGACUCAAUCAAGAGAUACACUCUCAUAGAAAUGACACAUGUGUAUAAAGGGUAAGUACCAAGCAAGGGAUUUGAUUGCUAAAAUAAUACAUGAUGUGUGUGUGAGAGAGAAUGUACGUGACAGAGAUAAUGACAUACAUAAUAACCUCAGCAAAUGAGAACUAGCAAGUAAAUAAUAAGACACUUACCCCAGAUUGCCAUAAAAAUAGCAAAGAAGACUGUUCCUCCAUUAUCAAACAAAUAGGUCACCUUAAUGGGAAACAGAAAGGUUAGUUCCAACAACACUGGAAUCAUCCAAUAUGAACUGUUAGCACUUAGGCACUAUGAUUCCCCCCAAUGGAAAUAUGUUAUUUGAUCAUUUGUAAAUAUAAGAGAUGAUAUUCUUUAAUGAAA